CACACUCCUCCUUUGUAGUGGUUGAUGCUGUAGGGACGGACCGUCCUCAAAAACUCAAAAAUAAAUUAAAAAUGCCUCUCUAGAAACCCUAAUUUCUUCAUCAUCUUCUUCAAAUUUUUAACCAGAAAUGAAGCGAAAGAGAGGAAGACCUAAAAAAGCCGUCGUCAAAGAUCCGGUUCCACCGCCGCCACGGCCGCCUCCUCCGCCAGUAAAUGCAGAUGAAGCGGUUUUUUUGAAUUUUGUUGGCCAGAAUGUUAAUGAAAAUGUUAACGAAAAUCAAAAUGAGAAUAAUUCUGAGUCAGUUGAACUCAAUAGGAACACUGAGAACAAUCAGAACAACUAUAAUAGUAAUAAUCACGAUCAGAAUUUUACUCAGUUUAAUACUGAGAUGGAGUUUACUUCAUCAGCUUCGUCGUCUUCUUCUUCUUCUAGUGAAGAAGAGGAGGAUGAAGAAGAAAAUAGUGACGAGUCGUCGUUUAAUCAUUCUGAUGAAGCAGUAGUGGAUAGGAGAGGUAGAACAGUGGCUAAAAAACGUGGUAGGUCGAAAAAACAUGCUAAUGCUAAUGUUAAUGUGAAUGUCAAUGCUGCUGUGGCUGCCGCUGCGGCGGCUACGGUUAUGUCGUCUAGAGGAGUGGGAGGUGGAUUAAGUUCCACAGUUAUGUCAUCUAGAGGAGGAGGAUAUAGUUCAAUGAGUAGGAAACAUUUACAUCAAAUGAGUAAGAAACCUAUUCAGGAUCCUCGGUACAAUAAGAAAUCAUUGAAAGCUGCUUUAGCGGUGAUUAAGAAGGUGAUGGAAAUGGAUGAGGCUAUACCAUUUAACUCUCCUGUGGAUCCUGUUUGUCAGGGAUUACCGGAUUACUUCAAUGUGAUAGAUAUGCCGAUGGAUUUUGGAACUAUAUGUAACAAUCUUGAAAAUGGAGUUAAGUACAUGAACUCAGAUGAUGUUUACAAAGAUGUAGAGUACAUAUGGGAGAAUUGUCGGAAGUUUAACAAAAAGGGAGACUAUAUUAUGUACCUGUUGAAGAGAGUGAAGAAGAAGUUUAUGAAAAGUUGGACAGCCGCAGGACUAAGUACUGAGAUUUCAAUGAAGCCUAAUGGGAAUUCUUACUUUACACCUCCUAAUGAUCAUUCUAUGAGGCCUAAGACGCAUGAAGCUAUGUCUGUGGUAAACCAGCUCCUUAAUCCCAAUCAGAUGCAGCAGGCUAAAUAUGGCAUUAAUCAUCCUCAAGUACCCACGUCAAGCUACACUCACCAUUAUCAAUCUUAUCAGCCUCAGGCAAGCACCACUCAAGCUCCACAAUUUUCCCAGUUCCGGGCUGGUGUAGAUAGUAGUUAUACAGGACAUUCACACAUACCAGGACCGCCUGCUACAGUCCUCAACAUGGAGCGGCAAAAUCACACACCUAAGCACCCAAUAGUCCCCAUGAUGAAUGGCCCUAUGCACUCCCAUCAACAACAGACCCAACCAAGCUCAGGUUAUUUUUGGCAGUCACAGCAGAGCACAGGACAACCACACCCAUCUCACUCGCACAUUGAUGCAGACAUUAAUAAUGCAGGAAAUUUGCACUACCCUCCUAUGGAUGGUCGCAUGACUAAUGAUGGAUGUGUGCCGAAGUCUUUAAUGGAUCCCAUCCCUAACAGUAUGAGCCAACCACAAACCCAGUAUCCUCUGCGGAACCAUUGCCAACCAAAUGAAUCACAUCAGCCCCAGGUAAACGCUGCACAACACCGAGCAAGCAUGGCACAAUCUCAGCAUUCUCAGCCACCGGGUAGUGUAAAUAUUUCUAGUGCAGGCAUGGCACUGGUGGAUACUGGCCGGAGAGAAAGAAAACAUACAGAGAGGUACUCUUCUGGUGCUGGUGCAGAAAUUGAAUUGGUCACAGGGAACUCCCAGCCUCAGCAGGCCUCUGGGAGCCACAACCACAUGUAUAGGUCAGAGCAGUCAGCACUUGUAAAAAGGAGGAAGGUUCGAGGUCCCACACGAUGCCGCCUCAUGUGGGAUCUACCUAGAGGUGAGCGUAUAUUUGUUCCUAUCAAUAUGCUGGGGCAGCCUGUUGGUCCAGAAGCAUCCAAACUGGCAUCCUUCCUUGGUACUGUAGCACGGGAUGGUAAGAUGGCGCCACUUAAUUUUCUAGAUUGGUCAGGGAUGCCAGAAGCAUAUAAAGAGGACAUGUGGCAGUUUAUCCAGACAAAGUUUGAAAUUGAUCCCAUAUGUAAAACCUGGGCCAUGAAGUCUCUUGCGUCAAAAUGGAGGAACUGGAAAGCAAAACUGAAGGCAGAUCAUUAUAACCCUCACACAACUGAUGAAGAACGUUUAAAGGACAUUAACAAAAGAAUCCUUCCUGAACAAUGGGCAGCUCUUAUAGCCCACUGGAAUACUGAAGAGGUGCAGAUACGCUGUGCUAAGAAUAAGGCCAAUCGUGCAAAGCAGAAGAGUGCCCAUGCUGCAGGUUCAAAGAGCUUUGCAAGAAUACGAGAGGAAGAGCUAGCUAAGAGACCUAAUGGGAAGGAACUUACUAGAGGAGAGCUAUACAUUCUGACCCGCACACGCAAGGAUGGACAACCUGUUGAUAAAACAGCUGGAGAAAUGAUAUCGAAACUUCGUGAACAUGCAACCCAGAAAAUGCAGACGUCAGAUGGAAGCAAUGGCGAUGCAGAUACCUUCUGUCAAGUUAUGGGAGAAGACACAAGAAGCCAUGUGCGUAUGUAUGGGUUGGGUCCCACCCCUGCUGAUAUUUAUGGCCGAAAACCUAGCCGUCAUAGUCUCAUGAGAAUGGCUAUAGAGGCCAAAAGAUCAGCUAACGAGGAAGUAAGCAAGAUGAUGAGCAAAGUGGAGGCUGUGGAGCAAAGGUGUGCAGCGUUGGAAGCUCAUAUAGCUAGUAUGUCUUCAAAUAUGCAGAGUCUUGUUGAAAAGGUGGAUGCCCUGAGCUCAAAACAGGUUCUGAAUAAUGAUCUCGAGGAUUCACUGCAGGCUCAGGUACAAUCCUCAUCAUCAAGUCAUGCAGUGAAGGUCGACUCAAGAGAAGAGAUGUGAUGCUCGACGGACUCUCCCUAACCCUUUCAGUUUCGGGUUCUCAAUCCAUAUCCUUUCUCUAUCCCCCCUCUAUAUAUGUCUAGUGAAGUAUUAAUUCAUCGACUGGCUUGGUGGAUUGAACCUGCUGUUUAUCCAUGCAACUGAAACAACUUGAUGCAUUUGUGUUUUGCAUGCGAUAAUGCUAGAUAUGAUGCAUUCGGGAUAAUGUAAUCACAUUGUACUAUAUGUAUAUAUGAUUAGGCAUUAUUUUGAUCAUAGCUAUUUCUAUCAAAUUGGCCAUGGAUGAAAUGGCUGUCGGAGUUAUUAUUCUGGCCUAUAUGUAAGGUGACGAAUUUGCAGAAAUUGUUAGUUUUCUCUCGACA